AUGACAGGGUCCAAACCAAGCUCUAGAGGUCGAGAUGCGGUGGAAGAGGACAACGAAGGCGAGCAUGUGGACAACUCUCGGGAGGGAGCCAUUACACUGAGAAAGUCUGGGCGAAAGAGGCGCAGGAGGGUGCGCAUUGGGGAAGAAGAGUCUCAAUCCGGUGAAGACGCACCAGAGCGUGAUUCGGGCGAUGGAGGAGAGACCACCGCGCGGGACUCUUCUACCUGCCAUGAUGAGACAACCGGGCUGGGAGCUUCAACUGAUGAGGCUCAUGGUUUAAACAACGAUGACGAGGGACCGGACGGCCCAUACGACGCUGAGGACGAAGAUGCUCGCGACGUGGAGGAUGAUGAGGAGGCUACGAACGAGGAUGGUGACGAUGAAGAUUCUGACGAGGAUGCUAACGAUGAGUACGGGGAGGAGGUUGAUGACGAGGUACAGGAGGAGGAUGAACAGGAGGAGGAACAGGAGGAUGAACAGGAGGAGGAACAGGAGGAUGAACAGGAGGAGGAUCAGGAGGAGGAUGAACAGGAGGAGGAUGAACAGGAGGAUGAACAGGAGGAGGAUGAACAGGAGGAGAAUGAACAGGAGGAGGAAGAUGAGGAGGAGCAGGAGGAGGAACAGGAGGAGGAACAUGAGGAGGAACAUGAGAAGGAACAUGUGGAGGAACGGGAGGAGGAACAGGAGACGGAACAGGAGAAUCAGGGGGGACGGGAGGAGGAACAGCAGGAGAGAGGCGAGCAUGAGACUGAGGCAGAACCUGGUAACAACGAUGCCGAGUGCGACAUGGAUCCCAACAGCCGUGAAGAAGAGGUUGUGGCUGAGGAAAGGGCCAGACAAAGGGGGCGGAUGUUGCCAAUUUCAAUGCUCGGCGGCAAGGUCGUAAUGGCAGACGGAAAAAAAUUGACGACGCACUCUGGAAAGGGUCCAGAGCAACCGAAAAAGAGAGAGAUGAAGCAUGCUGCUCGCGGGGAAAAGAAGGAGAGAGGUGCUGCGGCGGUUCAAGAGUUGGAUAAGGGUGCAGUUCGAGAGGGGGGGUUGGUGAAGAAGUCGGGUGGGGGUGUGUUGGCCUGGUUGGAUGACCCUAAUGUGUCUGUGUUCUGCAUGGACAAGGGUGAGGGUUCAAAGACCCUUCAUGUACCGGGCAGGGAGGUGGGAAACAAGUGCGGGAAGGGAGCAAGAACGGAAGGGAAGAACGAGAAGGGGGGUAUUGGCGGUAAGGGAACAUCUCAAAGACAAGAGGGAAGGGGGAUGGGCGGAGGGGGGACGGGCGGAGUCAAGGCAGGGGCGAUGGGCGGAGUCAUGGCAGAGGGGGUGGGAGGAGUCAAGGGAGAGGGGAUGGAUGGAAAGGCGGUCGCUGUGGGCAGAUGCAAGGCAGGGGGAAUGAGCGGAGGCAAGGCAGAGGGGCUGGGCGGAGGCAACGGCGGGGGAAUGGGCGGAGGCCAGGCAGGGGGGAUGGGUGCAAGCCAGGCAAGGGGGGUGGGAGGUAGCAAGGCAGAGGGAACGGGCGGAAACAAGGCAGGUGGGAGGGGUGGAGGCAAGGCAGGGGGGAUGGAAGGGGCAGGACCAUCGGGAACAUGCACAGCACGUGACAGCACAUGGGUGGAAUUUGGGUCGUGCAAGGAAGGAGCUGCAGUGCUUUGCUCGGAGAGUCAACUAAAGCGAAUGAAGGGGGCGGCCUCUAAGACGGACCUGGUGGCAUUGGAAGCGCGAUUACUGACUGCUAUUAACAAGAAAUUUGGUGGUGGAGGCGCUGUGAUUGCGAUGAUGACCGAUCCCAAUGGAGAGGCCGGAGGGGAUGAUGCUCCUGCCUCUUCAUCGCUCACCAAUCCUGCCAAACCAGCACCGGCAAAAUCAGCUCCGGCCAGUCCGUUCGCCAUUGCUAAGGAUGUGGUUGCCAAAGGGGUCUCUGACUUCGAGUGUUUUGGCGACAAUGGUCCUGAAGUCCUGAACUCCCUCUCCCCCUUUCCACCCUUCCCCCAUGUCAUUCUUAAACCUUCCCCUUUCCACCCUCAUGUUAUAGGAUUUUGGCAUGUAUAA